AUGACUUCAUAUGAUUUGAAAAAAAAAAUGGAGGAUGAAGGAAUGAUUCAAGGGGUGGAUAAAUUAACAACGCCUUCAUAUUUGGUCGUUGCUUUAGCUGUCAACGGAAAUAAAAAAACCAAAUAUGUGGUUAGAUGGGCAUUGGAUAAAUUCGUUCCUGAGGGUAUUCUUCUCUUCAAAUUGAUCCUUGUUCGCCCUAAAAUCACUCGAAUUCCAACACCCAUGGGUGUUGUUCCUGCUUCACAAGUGCGAGAUGAUGUAGUAAUUGCUUACAAAAAGGAAGUCGAAUGGCAAGCAUACGAAAAGCUUCUUCCGUUCAAGAACAUGUGUGCCAAGAAAAAGGUGCAGGUAGAAAUCUUGCAAAUCGAAUCAGAUGAUGUGGUGGAUGCUAUAAAACAGGAAAUUGUAAAAGGCAAUAUUAACAAGCUUGUGAUUGGAGCUUCAUCGAGUGGCAUGUUCUCGAGGGGGAAGGGUUUGUCGUCUAGAAUAUCUGAAAGCAUUCCGAGUUUUUGUACAGUGUAUGCGAUUUCAAAAGGGAAAUUAUCAUCACUCAGGGCUUCUGAUUCUGAUACCAUUGGAUCGAGUAAAGAUGAUAACAGUAGUGAUUCAAGUUCUGUCACCAAUUCUUCAAGAACAGAGUGGACAGACCAAGGGUCAGCUGCUACUUCCUUUUCCCAGUUCUUUUCAACUUCACUACCAAUGCAACGAUUCGAAGCACUUUCAUCUAUAAACCGGACCCUUCACCAAAGAACCAGUUCGUUCGAAAAUCCCGAGAAAAAUACCGACUUUUAUCGAGCAAAUAGUAACGAUUUCAGCACCAGAAGCUUCGGGACUGAAAACCAUUCUUGGACAUCCGAUCAAGCUUCCAGCUCUUACGCCCUUUCAGAAAUUUCAACAGAAAUUCAGGGUAAUAAUGUCGAUUUUGAGCUGGAAAAACUUCGUGUUGAACUCCGACACGUUCGCGGGAUGUAUGCAAUUGCACAAAAUGAGUCUUUUGACGCGUCCCGAAAGUUGAAAGAUCUUAAAGAACGACAGGCAGAGGAGUCGAUUAAGCUCAAGGAGAUAAAAGCUAAAGAAGAGGAAGCAAAAACGUUAGCUGAACAAGAGAAGCAGGAGCACGAAAAAGCUAAAAGACAAGCGGAAUAUGUAAAAGAAUGUCUAAGAAGAGAAGCUGCCGUGAGGAAAGAUGCAGAAGAGAAGGCGUUACAGGAACAUCGAGAGAAAGAAAAGCUUCUGGAUGCCAUAAUCGGGAGUUCUCCACACUACCAAAAAUUCACCUGGGAAGAAAUCGUGGAUGCUUGUUCUUCGUUUUCUGAAGAUCUUAAGAUAGGAACAGGAGGGAACGGAAUUGUGUACAAAUCGAGCUUUCAUCAUACAGUUGCUGCUGUGAAAGUUCUUCAUUCUCAGGAAGCUCACAGAACUAAACAAUUUCAGCAGGAGCUUGAAGUGUUGAGCAGAAUACGGCAUCCGCAUUUGCUGAUUCUUAUCGGUGCGUGUGUGGAUCAUGGUUGCUUAGUUUAUGAAUACAUGGAAAACGGGAGCUUAGACGAGAGAUUAUUUCGCAAAAACAACACGCCUCCAAUCCCGUGGUCCGAUAGGUUUCGAAUCGCAUGGGAAGUAGCAUCAGCCCUAGUUUUCCUUCACAACGCACAGCCAAAAUCGAUUGUUCAUCGUGACCUAAAACCAGCAAACAUAUUACUCGAUAGAAAUCUCGUGAGCAAGAUCGGUGAUGUUGGUCUCUCUACAAUGCUUCAAUCAGACUCAUGUUCCACGAGCACCGUGUACAAGGACACGGGUCCCGCGGGCACGUUUUGUUACAUCGAUCCAGAGUAUCAACGAACGGGACUCGUUUCUCCAAAAUCAGACGUUUAUGCUUUGGGUAUGGUGAUUUUGCAGCUGCUGACAGCCAAACCGGCGAUAGGGAUAACAGAUGCUGUGGAAACUGCUAUUGAAGAUGAUGAGUUAGCCAUGGUGCUAGAUCCUGAAGCUGGUGAGUGGCCGAUGGAUGUGGCAAAAGAGUUGGCUGUUUUAGGGUUGAGUUGUGCGGAGAUUCGCCGGAAAGAUAGACCGGAUUUGAAGAAGACGGUCCUUCCGGUAUUGGAAAGACUGAAAACGGUCACCGGUGAAGCUCAAAGGAUCGCAUCCAUGACACCGACCACCCCUCCGAACCAUUUCAUAUGCCCGAUACUCAAGGAUGUUAUGGUUGAUCCUUGUGUUGCUGCUGAUGGUUACACUUACGAUCGCAGGGCGAUGGAGAAAUGGUUGGAGGCGAGUGAUACUUCCCCCAUGACUAAUUUACCGUUACUGAGUAGAAGCUUAACACCAAACUACACACUUCUUUCCGCAAUAAUGGAAUGGAAAUCAACUAAACAAUGA